AUGUGCGCGGUCACACACUACAUUAGCGAUUGGAAGGCUGCUCAGAACGGGACAAUCAGCGUUAAGGCUGUGGGUCCGGUUAAGGAUGAGAAUCUCACUAUGAUUUCAAAGCAUAACGACUUCAUGGAACUGACACAGGCCAAAUAUUGUCCAGUUGAGAUUCCAGGGAUGUUGAAACAGGCAACUACCAAAGCCUUUGGUCCUUGCACUUGUUUGUCCAUGUUUCUUCCCAUCAAAGCCCCACCUGUUCACGCGGAGAAAGUGGCAGCUGCGGAUGUGAACUCGGAUUCCGAUUCUGAUGAUUCCUUGCUGAAGGACUUCUCCCACAAGUUCACCAAGGUGACUGUCAAAGGGAAGACAAAGAUCAAGAAGCAACUUCCAAAGUCGGCCGUGGCACCGACUCUGGAGCAUGACGGUCCGGUUCUCACCCCUGCGCAGCAGCGCCGUGCAAAGGAAGCGGAGAGGAAGAGAAAAAUGGACUUGGAGAACAACGUUCCUAGUCCCUUGUUCAUCAUGGUGCUACCAGGUGAGAUGGAAGGGACCUACUUGUUCAUCAGUAGGCUGAAAUAUGCUGCCUUGGCAACGAAUGUACUGAAUGGACUGGUCCCAUUCUUUACGCAUCAUUUGGGGGAGUUGACAACUACUCAAGCUAAUAGGGUGAUUACAAAGUGGCUGUCCAUUUCUCUGAUCCAUACGACACGCCGCAAGGAACUUGUGUGGUGCUUGGAGACUUUACGGGCUCGACCAUUGGACCAAACUCUACAAGGCAUUGAUGAAGCCAUCGAUUUCCUUGAUGGAUUUGGGUCUGACCCACUCGACGUCGCCAAAGCUAAGCUGGAAUUUGAUAUGGAAAUGGCUGAUGCAAAAGAUAUUGAUGAUGGAGCUACAGUAGCAGGCGCCAUGGAUGAGUUACUUGAGAAGGAUAGUCAAUUGGAAGCGGCAAUCACUGAAACUGGGUUUAUCCCUGACAACUGGCGGCAUCUGAUGAAUUUUGCCAUUGAAAAGAAGCCGGGCGACUUUCGGCUGACAGAAAUGCGUACGAUUCAGCUCAUGAAUUCUGAAUCCCAAGCGAACUACAAGAAACUGGGCCGCCUGGCCAUGGCCUACGGCGAAGAAUAUCACCUCUUGGCCAAUGGACAGUGCGGGUCUAGAAAACACCAUCAAGCAAUUGAUCUUGCCCUGUCUAAACGCCUUGUGUGGGACCUUCUGAUUCUCCAGCGCUUCUGCUUUGUCGACGACACGGAUGUGAUCAAAGCGGGCAAGUCCGUGGAACAAUCUGGCGAGGAUAUAUGCUACUCCGUCCAACAAGCGGCUUCCACGUGGGCUGGAGGCAUUAGUGCUACUGGAGGGGCAAUUAACCCAGAAACGUCCUUUUGGUGGUUGAUUGACUUUGUGUGGGACUCCAGAGAGGGCAAAUGGAGGUUCCGCCGGACGCACCAACUCCUAUCGGAUCAUCCAUUACAAAUACCUGGACUGACUGGCGAAUUGGAAGCCUUACGCCGUCUGGAGCCGGAUGAGGCAGAGAAAACCUUGGGGGUCAUGUUGGCCCCAUUGGAAGAUCAACAUGCUCACGUCGCUCACCUCAAGAGUAUCGCCAAAAAGUGGGCUGAGCAAGUGCGGUCAGGGCAUCUACACAAAUACGAUGUCAUUCCCCUUAUAAAGACAACAGUGAUGAAAUCCCUGGAAUAUCAUAUGGUGUUAACUACACUGGAUGCUGCGACAUGGGUGUCAAUUAUAAGUCUGGUUCUUCAAGUCUGCCUGCCAAAGGCCGGUAUAUGUAGGAGCUUUCCUUGUGACAUGGUUCUUGCCCCUCUCAAAUUCCAGGGUCUGGGCAUCCCCCAUCGGUUUGGUACUCAGGUGUCUAAACAUAUUGAGGUUCUGCUUCGCCACUUGUCCAACCAAACAAAAACUGGGGCGUAUAUGGAGGCUGCGGUCCAAGAACACCAACUUGAGACCGGCACCUCCUUCGGACUCUUCCAGCAGGACUAUAGCAACAUGGCAAUUUUGGCGUCAGAUACUUGGCUCAAAAGAGUCUGGAAAGAGUUGGAGGACUUGGAUAUCUAUGUUGCUCUUGACUCUCCUGGCCUCCCUCUCCGGUGUGAAGGCGAUGCCUUGCACAUAGAGGUAUUCAUGGAGUUAGAAGUGGAUCAGGCCGCUCUAAAGUGGCUCAACUGGUGCCGUAUGUUCCUCCAAGUUUGCACCGUCUCCGACAUCGUGACGGCCGAUGGCCGCAGCAUACGAGAGUCCAUGUGGCAUGGGGAACGUGACUACGCUCAUCGGUCGUCAUAUCAAUGGCCUUGCACUGUCUGGCCCAACAGGAACCACUGGAAGGGCCACGGGUGGCAACACUACCGUCACCGUCGCUCCUCCACACGGAGCAUUCAAUGGGACUAUCCCCGUUUUACGCAAUUGUCCGGGUGCAAACGACCACAUAAUGAGCAUACCGACAACGGCGUCAGCUUCUUGCCAGCCCCCUUUUGGACCCAACCACUCCCAGCUGACUUGUGCCAAGCUACCGUCCACAUUACGCCUUUGCUAGGCACUCUAGCCCUCACCGGCAUUGGGACAGCACCACGGCAGCCGCAUCGCGACUCUAAACCGUCCUUGCUAGCCGCCUGGAUGACCGCCUCAGCCAGGGUGACCGAGUAUGUUGGCUGGACCCCUGAAGAAAUUGAGAUUGACGGCGACGAAAGCCUCCUUGCUGCAGCCCUACUCGAAGACCGGCUGUGUUUGACCUGGUCUCCUCUAUCCGGGAGGCACUUGCCCGCUCUAGGGCCUCUGGAUGCGUGGGCGGUUGCCUAUCGCCACCAGCUCGAAGCUUCACACCUAGUGAUUGCUCCUAACGCUCGCUUCUUUACCGAAUUGACUGCCCUCUACAUUGGGGACGUCAAACAGUCACGAUUGAAUCCAGAACAGGUCCAGGAAUUGGUGGCGCUGCCUGCUCUACGCAAGCGAUGGCACGAGGGGCAGAUGAUUACAACAGCGGCAGAGGUGGAGACCGAUUGGAUCAGUCUGGCUCGCGCCAUGAGCUCCCUUCCGGCAGGUGUCCAACGUUGGACCACAAAGCAUGUCAUGGGUAUGUGUGGUGUAGGGAAGUUCAAAGUCUGGUGGGGUGCCGCAGACUCAGCUGCAUGUCCCUGCUGCGGCGAGUUCAAGGAUCACCUUCACGUUCCUCGCUGUACGGCGCCCUCGGCGAGUGUGGAAUGGGAGCGCUGGACGGCGUCGUUGGACCAAUGGUUGGACACCCAAGUCACUGACCCAGCCAUCAAACACGCUAUCCUCUACCUUCUUCAAGGGGUUUGUGAUCCGCCGCUACCUCGCAGCCGGAUGGUUCCGGUUCGUCUCUGUUUUGUUGACAAUACAGAUGUGAUUGAAGCAGGUGACACAGUCCAUCACUCUGGGGAGGAUAUUUGCGCCUCAGUCCAGGCUGCUGCCACCUUGUGGUUGGGGGGAAUUCGGGCAACAGGUGGUGCAAUCAAUCCGGAGAAGUCCU